CAAUGACUUAUGCGCGCACGCACACACACACACACACACACACACAGCGAGAAAGAAAGUGAGAGAGAGAAAGAGAUGGCAAAAUGGGAGUGCAUAUUAUGUUAUAAUUGCUUUUUUAGAAAUAUUCUUUGUGAAUACUAUGCAUUCCACAUCGACACAUCAGCGCUACCCGAGUUGUGUGUGUGUGUGUGUGUUUUCCAUACUUGAAAGAGCCCAUUUGAAUCGUAACAAAAUGCUAUAAAUUAUUAUAUAUAUAUGCACUAAGGAUAUUUUAAAUAUCAUGAUUUUAUUAUAUUUGAAAAAAAAAUUAUGUGUGAAAGAAGUGGAAGAAGGACGAUGACGACGACAACGACGACAACGACAGCAACAGCAGCAGUGGCAGUAGCGGUAGUAGCAACCGCAUAACUGUCACAGAGAUAACAACAGUCACGUCUAUUCAUUCAUCUGAGCAUGGUGGCUAUAUUAUUGCUUUUCAAUGUUCAAUCAUAACAAUUUUGUGAUGUUGUUUCGCGUCGUACAUACGCUCGUAUAUUUCUCAUUCGUUCGUUGUGAUUGUUACAAACUGUCGUUACAAUUGUACGUUGAAAAGUUGAUGGCUUCAAUUUAAAAUGACACAAACUAAAAGAUAUGACACAAUAUUUUCAACUAUAUUCCUUUCAUCGGUUGUCUUCGUCAUCGUCAUCGUCAUCGUCAUCAUUGCCGAAGCUUUCCACAUAUGCUGCUGCUUGUUGCCUUUUUAAUCAUAUCAAACAUGCAUGUAUCUGCUUACAUUUUCCAUUCGAUGGUUUGACUACUGUUGUUAAUAACGUAAAUCGUAGCAAGCAAAUCGUUGUGACAAAUAGCAGGAGUGUUGAGUGUGAAUGAAAUGCGAGGCUCAAAUUUUGCGUAAAUUUUACAUAAUCAGGUCGUUUUGAUUCCUGUUGUGAAACCUUAUCUUUUUGCUGGGAAAGUUUUCGUCUCUUAACACACACACACCAAAGGGAAAAAACUUGUUUUCCCCCAUAAAUUUAUUACGAACACACGCCAAACAUACACACAAUCAACCACUUGAGGCGACAAUUAAUUGUCACUAUUGAGGCUUGCGCGUAGUUAAGUAGUGCUUUAAAUGUAAUUAAGGCGGCAUGCGGCAGUAUUUGAUGCCGAAAGCCCCCCCUCCCUCAUUUAAUGAACGUUUUUGAUUUGAUUAUAUUAUGAUCGUUUAAACUUAAAUAAAACUGAAAACUUGUUCAAACAAAUCUGUCUCUCUGUCUCUCAUUCUCACUCUCACUUGAUUGUUUGUUUAAUUUGUACUUACGCAAAUAAUGGAAUUAAAUGCUCGCUUAUUUAUUUAAGCAGUACACACAGCAAAUGAAAGUGCAUGGGGCGCUUGUCAUUAUGUGAACACAUGUUGGAAAAAAGUGCUUUGCCAUUUUUACCGCAUUCACUUUGUUCAUUGAAAAAAUCACUUCGUUUCAAAAAUGUAUUUGUACGGGAUGAAAAAUUCAAUUCAGAGAUUGGUCUAUGGGUUUCUUUUUUUCAUUUUCUCGAUUUUAAAAUUGGAGACCAAAAACCAGUUGGAUAUUUCAGACUUAAAAUUUUCAGCUCGUAUGUUACUUGGUGUUUAUUUUAAGUUAACAAACAACUAAAAAUCUGAGGAAAAAAAACUUCAGAAAUAUAUUAAAAAACAAGAACUGUCCAAGGAUAUUAGAUUCAAUUUAAAAAUUAAAGUCUACAAGAGUUGGAAAUUCUACAGUGAAAUUCCCGCAUUUUCUCAGACAUUAACUCUCCCCCCCCCCCCCUCUCUCUCUCUCUCUCUCUGAAUUUUUGAUAGAAACCAAAUUCCAAAUAAAUACAGACAUCACAACGUAUUCAGUUUGAUUGAAUGCAAAACAGUAAUUCCAUAAAAUGUAUAUGCGAUAGUUGCGUUGAUGUAUGUGCAUGUGAUGUUGGUCGCAUACACACAAAUGAUAUAACUUCGGCGCUGUGGUUCUUCAUGAAUUCAUCAGAUAUUCCAUUAAUAAUAAGCAUUUUAGAAUUUCAGAGUUUAACAGUUCAGCACAUUCAGAGCGAUUUGCAUUUAUCUGAAAAAUGGUUUUCAUAAUUUAUCAGAUUAAAUCUAUCAAUUACGGGUUAUAUAUGCCUUAUGACUUACAGAUUGUGUUUCACACAAUACAAGCAGUUCACUUCAGUUUAUGUCAGUGUAGGAAAAAUGCGAUGAUGUGCCCCAUUGCACGUUCAUCAGAUAAAAAAUUAAAUAAAAUGAAAUAUGAACGGAUUUACAUAUGAGAAAACACAAUUAUGGUUCUUUUGAUUCAGACAAAAAAAAUUCGAAGAAAAUAUGGUUUGAGUUAGACAACACAACACAGUCAAUUGUUAUUCAAAUGCACUUCAGAUGAUUGGAAAGGAAUAAAGUGUCGUUGCUUGAAUGCGAUAUGAAAUAUUAAAUAUCAAACCAAAAGUUUCAUAAUACGAAUGCAAACAAAAAGAUUUUCAAUAGCAAGCGACAUCGCUUGCUCUCCGACCCUUAUUCACUAUUUUUACCGAAUUUUUUCUCUUAAAAACGACAUAAAUGUGGAGACAGAGGGAGAGCGAGAGAGAGAGAGAGAGAGAGAGAGAGAGAAGGGUCAUCAAAACUCAUACCUAAGCCUCAAUUAGUAUUUACGAAAUGAUUCUGUAAAUGGUUUACUCAUUUCUAUUUCAUCCAUAGAGUUUGAAUAUCUGUAUGCUUUUCUCCUCAAUUUUUUUCUUUAUCAUAUCACUGGAUGUGAUUAUUUUCGUGCAUAAUAAUUUUUAGAUGUGUGAUUCUGUAAUGUUGCUAUCGCUUAUGGUUCGUUUAUUAUUCAAUUUAUCCAAAAAAAUAAACCAAAUUGAGGCGAAACAGUAGUUUAAACCUUCAGUUCAAAACGUUGAUUUUUCCUUCAAGAGACAAACGGAUAUUAUAAUUGAUGGUUUUUUGUCUUACACAUGGGCCGCACCGAGCAAUUCGACUAUUCGGUUGAUUAUGUUUUAGAUAGAUGAACCGAAAACAUAAACUAGAACAAUCAUUUUAUUUAUUUAUGUUAGAUUUUCAACACUUGUCAUAUGUCAAGCAUCAAGUGUCUUGAUGCGAACCACUUUGAAGUUGCUGGUUCAGUCAGCAAAGUUUGAAUUAUGAUAAACUGUGCUCAUUUUGGCAAUAUUUCGGCCACCAAAACACUUGCUUCGAGGCACUUGUCAAGAAAUUGGAGCAAACAUCCGAUCAUGAACCAAAUUGACUCACAAUCGAUGCGCGUAGCAUGUAGCAUGUUGGUCAAUGUUGUAUUGUUGACACAUUCCAUAUUGACACCGCAAGCUAUUUGAUGCUCCCAACAUAUGACUAAAAAUCAAGUCCACUGCGACUCGACUCGGUCCGGCUGUUCCAUUAGCGUCAAUCAUGUUAUUGACUCAUAUUUACAAACAAUUUCACUCUGUUCGCCCGUUGAUUCUCGAUAUUUCUCAAAGACGAGCGAGAUAGAGAGAGAGAGAGAGAAAGAGAGAGAGAGAGAGAGAGAGAGAGAGAGAAACAGCAAUUCAAAAUGCUGCGAUCCGAACUCAAUUUGUUGUUUCACUGUGUAUUAAGCGUUUGAAUUGCAGAUGCGCCGCGUUGAGAAAUGUUCUUAAGAUCGCAAAUAAAUCGGAUGAGCAAAUGUCAAAAAAAAAAUGAUGAAAGUACAAUGGCAUCAACAGAGACAACAGAAAUUGUGUAUCUUGCUGGCUUGGUGCAAUUGCGUUCCUCUGAACGACUAGCGAUAAAUUGUGAGAGCAAAUAAUCUCUGUGAUGGGGUCAUUUACAUGCACGUUUAUCAUCGCCACAUUGCAAAUGUAACGAAAUCGAAAUUUCACUUUCAUCGCAAUGCCGUCCUUAAGAAGUACAGAAUGAAUCAAUAGUGGGGGAGAUAGAAUUGCAAUCAAGUGCUCAAAAACCACUUGACGCGAAUUCAUGGGAGAUAUUGCACUGCCAAACAUAAACUAUGAGAGUCAAUGGCAACAACAGAGAAUGAAUAAGACAUUCCAACAGGAAUUGGAGCAAUUAAAGCAGGAAGUACACUACGAAGGUUUGCAAGUGGAAGAAGAGGGCCUAACGGACAUAAUCAGGAAAAAAACGAAAUUGCCACCAGACACAAAUCCCAUAUCGAGCGACAAUGAUCCUAGUAAAAAUGAUGCCAUAUUAGUGGAGCCAAACCACGUGCCAAUUGUACCAUACGCCAAAGAAUCCACCAAACCAUACAAUGGAACAAUAAAUGCAAAUAAUGAUACCGCACUCCAGUCGGGUGUAAAUGAAUCCAUUGAGCGGAAAAUCGUUUUCGAUGCUGUGAAUAACACGAAUUUAGAGAGCCAAGCAACAACAAUUUCGGAUGAAAAGCCGGUGAAAAAUCUAAGCAAUGUAUUUCGUGAUAUUGAUGCGAAAAAAAUUCAAUCAAAUGCCAAAGAUAUUGAAGACGAAUCGACAAACAUUCUACAAUCACGGCGUAACAUACAAACUGAUUUGGGCACAAGCAACGGCAGCGGUAGCAGCACCACGACGACGACGACAACAACAACGACAGCCAUACCGACAAUAAAAAGCGCACCGAAUUCAAUUUCGUCGUCUGUUAACGAUGCAUCGACAACAGAGCAAACGAAUUUACCUCAAACCAACCAGCCGAAUGUUGACAAUGUUGAAGCCGAAGCCGUGUCACAAAAACGUCAUCGAAGACAUCGUCAACAAAGACGUGAAGCCAAAGUGGAUGGAGACAGUUAUCGCCAAAAAAUUGUUGACAACACGUAUGAAGCGCGAUUGAAGCGUUUGAAAGAGGAACUGAAUGGUCCAACCGUUACGGAAAUCAUUCAAAUGCACAAACGACAGGAGAAAAAUCAAACGUACGAUGAUGAUGAUGAUGACAAAGACAAGGAUAAAAAUGGGAUUUUGGAAGAACAGCCACCGAUGCAACAACAGGAGCAACAACGAGAACAAUUGCAAAAAAACACAACCGAACCAUUCAAUUCCGACACAAUGCCGUUGGAUCAAUCAUUUGACCGCGAAAGGUUGAAAGAGCUACACCGACAUCAUCGCAUUACAAGAGCGGCAACGGCAAAAAAAGAGAGAAUCUGGGAUUAUGGCGUUAUUCCAUAUGAAAUCGAUGCAAAUUUUAGCGGUGCACACAAAGCUUUGUUCAAACAAGCCAUGAAACAUUGGGAAAAUUUCACAUGCAUCAAAUUCGUUGAGCGCAAUCCGAAUGAUCACAUGAACUACAUCAUAUUUACCAUUCGUCCGUGCGGUUGCUGUUCGUUUGUCGGAAAGCGGGGAAACGGCGGCCAAGCCAUAUCAAUUGGAAAGAAUUGCGAUAAAUUCGGUAUUGUGGUACAUGAACUUGGUCAUGUAGUUGGUUUCUGGCACGAGCACACCCGACCGGACAGAGAGAAUCACGUUGUGAUUGAACGCGCCAACAUUUUGAGCGGACAAGAGUAUAAUUUCAAUAAACUUACUGCCGAAGAAGUGAACUCAUUGGGACUGCCAUAUGAUUACGAUUCGAUUAUGCAUUAUGCGAGAAACACAUUCUCAAAGGGCACAUAUCUCGAUACCAUUUUUCCGGUGGAAAUUAAAGGCAGGAAACGGCCUGAAAUUGGUCAACGUCUGCGAUUGAGCGAAGGUGAUAUUGCCCAAGCAAAUUUGCUGUACAAGUGUCCAAAAUGUGGCCGAACAUUCCAAGAAAACUCUGCCUCAUUCACAUCACCCAGCUACUAUUCAAGCACACCAGGAGUGGAACCAGAGUCAUGCGAAUGGCGUAUAACUGCCACACAUGGAGAGAAAAUUGUGCUAAACAUCACCGAUUUGGAUAUUUUCAAAUCAAACAACUGUCGCACGGACUAUUUGGAAAUUCGCGAUGGAUAUUGGCAUAAAUCGCCAAUUCUCGGUCGCUAUUGUGGUUCCGGCCGAAUUAUGGAAUUUAUUAAAUCGGGCAGCAGUCGAAUGCUGCUUACGCUUGUUACGACACACAGGCAAGUCGGCCUACGUGGUUUUGCUGCCACUUAUGAAGCUGUUUGUGGCGGUGAUUUGACGCUGGAAAGUGGAAAUCAACUCGAAUCGCCCAACUAUCCGCUAGAGUAUUUGCCAAACAAAGAGUGCAUUUGGCGUAUCACCGUACAAGAGGACUAUCAAGUGGCUUUGAAAUUCCAAUCGUUUGAAGUGGAAAAUCAUGACAAUUGCGUGUAUGAUUACGUUGAAGUUCGCGACGGUGAUAGCCCUGACUCUCGUUUGAUUGGCGUAUUUUGCGGCUAUAAGGUUCCACCAGAUAUGAGAUCAACAACCAACAAGAUGUUUGUGAAAUUCGUAUCGGAUGGAUCGGUGCAAAAGGCUGGUUUCUCUGCGACAUUCAUCAAAGAGUUGGAUGAAUGCGAGUUAAAGGAUCAUGGAUGCGAACACAAUUGUAUCAAUACACUGGGUGGAUAUCAAUGCUCUUGUAACAUUGGAUACGAGCUGCACAGCGAUAAGAAGACUUGCGAAAAUGCGUGCGGCGGAAUUAUUGAAGCUUUAAAUGGUACAAUUACAUCACCCUCCUUCCCCGAUGUGUAUCCAGUAUCAAAAGAUUGCACGUGGGAGAUUGUGGCCCCAGAACAAUAUCGCAUCACAUUGAACUUUACACAUUUCGAUUUGGAGGGCAAUCAUUUCCAUCAGCAGGAGUGUGACUACGAUUCGCUAACCGUUUAUUCAAAGUUAGAGGAUAAUAAUUUGAAAAAGCAUGGCAUUUUCUGUGGCGAACGAAUGCCACCGUUGGUUACAUCGGAGGGGAAUACAAUGCGUAUCGAAUUCCGUUCAGAUAAUACGGUGCAAAAGAGUGGAUUUGCUGCUGUAUUCUUCACCGAUAUCGAUGAAUGUGCGGUUAACAACGGUGGAUGUAUGCACGAAUGUAAGAACACGAUUGGAUCGUAUGUGUGCUCAUGUCAUAAUGGAUAUGUUCUGCACGACAACGGAUUGGAUUGCAAAGAAGGUGGCUGCAAGUACGAAAUCACCGCUCCACAUGGAACAAUUAUGAGUCCAAACUAUCCCGAUUACUAUCCACGGAAAAAGGAUUGCGUUUGGCAUUUCACAACAACGCCGGGACAUCGAAUUCGAUUGCAUUUUAACACAUUCGAAGUAGAACCGCACCAGGAAUGUGCCUAUGAUUAUGUGGCCAUUCAUAACGGUGAUUCGGUUGAUAGUUUCACAUUAGGCAAAUUUUGCGGUUCAAAAUUGCCGCAUCCAAUUUCAGCAUCAUCGAAUGAAAUGUUUAUGGUAUUCAAAUCAGAUGCCAGUGUCCAGCGACAAGGUUUCACCGCAACACAUUCCACGGCAUGUGGCGGUCAUCUGAUGGCUACCACUCGGGUCAAACAUUUCUAUUCGCAUGCUAAAUUCGCUGACAACAACUAUGAUCACAAUGCCGAUUGCGAUUGGACAAUUGAAGCGGAGCCCGGUCGAAAUGUUCAUUUAACAUUCUUGACAUUCGAUAUUGAGGAAGAGAAGGCGUGCUCUUAUGAUUACGUUGAUAUUUAUGGCGGUCUUGACGAUUACAGUGGACCUUUGUACGGCAGAUACUGCGGCCUUAAUAAACCUCCCGACGUAAUAUCGAUGAAUGAAGCACUGUUGGUUCGGUUCCGCUCCGAUGGCACAAUGAAUAGAAAAGGAUUUUCAGCUUCAUAUGUGGCAGUCGAUCCGUUUGAGGGUAGCGAAGAGGAGAUCAGUUCGGAUUCUUCAGAGAUGGUCACCCCAUUUCCCGGCUACAUGCGUCCCAGUGUGUACGUGAACAACAACAAAUUGGGCAGCCGAAGCGGUGACAACACUGACAACACCGAUGACACAGAUAACGAAGAAGAGAGUUACAAUGAAUACGACAAUUAUAAUUCGAUAAAGUUAAAUAAUAAAAGUAAAAAAACCGAACAAUCGGAAAACGGUUUGAUUGAUUAAAACAUUCAGCAUAUGACACACGCAUACAUCAGAAUUUUAACAAACGAAAGAAAAAGAGAGAAAAAAAAACAAAUACAAAUCGUUGAGUUAAUGGCCAUACAUAAGUGACGAAGAAAAAAAAGAAAGAAUAAUCUCAUUAGCAUAGUAUUAAACGUCAAUAACAAAAAAAAAUAAUAAUUUAACAACAAAUCUCUGCACAAAACAUUUCGUAUCAAAUAUGAAAUACGUUACAUAGGCUAUUUUCUAUUUAAUCGAAACUAAAGAAAAAAAAUGUGAAUUCAGUUAGAAGAGUGCUGAAUAUCCUGUACCAUGUAAUUUUCGCGAUGUUUCAGUGUUUGUUGACCGGCAACGCCACCACACAAAAUGCAUCCUGCAUUUUCCGUUUUUUUUUCUUCAUCAACGAUACACCAAAUACGAACGUCAUAUUCAGUGAACAUAAUUUCUUUUCAACGUGUGGCGGCUGUUGAACGUCAAAGUCAUUUGAGGCCACGCGAGCGCUCCCAAUUUCAAAGGGCACAUCAAUGUAAUUUAACAUUUCAAAUCGGAACUAAACAGUGCGCCAAUUCGAAAUAUAGAAAAUAUAGUGUCAACAGCCGCACCAUGCUUUUCAACGCAUGAAAUAAAUAUAUUUAUUUAAAAGUGACAACGAAAUUUGCAAUAAACGCAAACAUUUCUGUGCUUCUUUGCAUCCUGUGGCAAAGAAAUUCUGUUAAUUGAUUCUUAUUCUUGAGUUCAUCGAAAAAAAAAAAAAUGUGUAAUUGACAAAACCAAAAUAAUAAAAUAGAUUGAACCAAAGCAAUAAUUAUGUGGUACUGAUUAAUUUAGUACACAUAUGUCACAUUCAUCACAGAAAAAAAAUCGUUUAAUUUAAACAAAAUGUAGAAUGUUAUACAUUUCGUUUUUUAUACAAUCAUUUUAUUAAAUUGUAAGCGAACAAAUUUAAUUAUUUUAUUUAUAUGUGUAAUUUGUGGGAUAAAUAACUCAUCAACCAAUAACAAAAAACCGGAUGGUUGUUUUCAUAUCAACUAGAGAGAGGUGACAAUGUCACCGUGACAUUUAUCGUCAAAUUGACAUAGAGAAGGAAAAUUGUUGACAGAUUUUCGUAGAAUACCACCUGUUCGUACAUUUUUAGGGUUAAAUCAUCAUGAAAUUAUCUACUAUUCUUUUUUUUCGUAUUUAUUAAGUUAAUUAUUAUGUACCAAUUGAAAUCAGGUUGAAUUAUUUGUAUUGUUUUCGAAAAAUCAAAACAAGAAAAUCAUUUUUUUUUUCAAACAUCUUCCGAUACUUAACAAUACAUGUGUUGAUCCACAUUGUUGUUUCUUUUCAUGUUGAGUCCUUUAGUCGAGGGAAAUAUCGUGGAUCACUCUUAUUUACACAAAAUUUACCAUAUCUGUAACCAAAGUACUAAAUAUUACAAAUGAAAACCAAACUAAAUACUUCUUUUUUUUUGAGAAUACUUAUUUAGAAAUAGUUGCAUCUCUUUUAACAAUAACGAGACAAACAAAAAUGAAACAAAUAUUUAGGUUAAUGAUACAAAUUGAGCAAAACAAAAACCAAAUAUUUACAUAGACAUUGGUCAAAUAAAAAUUUAGUGAAUACCGAUAAAAAAAA